AUGAGUGCUUCCCAUCCAUCAAUGAAUAAGUGGAGAAUGGGAGCCAGUUGUCUGAUGGUCUUUACCCAAGGCAUCCACGACUCCGCGCCCGGUGCGCUCAUCCCAUACUUGGAUCAGAAUGACAGGAUCGGCUACGCUUUUGUGUCAUUGAUAUUCAUCACUAAUGCGGUAGGCUUCAUCCUAGCUGCCCCUUUAGUACAAGCUAUCGAACAUCGAUUUGGACGCGCGCGGGCUUAUGUAUUUGCUAGCAGCUUAAACGCCCUUAGUUUCAUUGCUAUCAUUUGCAUGCCAUCAAUUCCUGUGGUCGUUGUGAGCUUCUUCCUUCUUGGAUUUGGACUGAACAAUGUCUUUUGUGCCAAUCUUGCAAGAGGAACUGUUAUUCUGGGUUUCAUGCACGGCAACUACGGCGUUGGGGCUACUGUUGCACCACUAGUCGCCUCUUCAAUGGUCAGCAAAGGCAACCAAUGGUCACACUCCUACCUAAUACCAGUGUCUUUGGUUUUGGUUGGUAUUGGCUUUGUGGGGUGGACGUUCUGGGACUACGAAAAGGAUACGCGAAUUCGGUUACUGACAGCGUUGGAACACACAGCCUCGCGCCAGGGAGCUGAAGCAAGCGACUUCCCAAGAUCUGGCUUACUCAAAAGAGCCAUCAAGCACAGAACCACUUUGCUCGGGGCUCUCUUCAUCUUUGCUUACCAAAGUGCUGAAGCGCAAGUAGGGUAUGUGACAACAGCAGACUUCUGGGCUGGGAUCACACUGGAGCGUUUUCUGCUCGUACAAGCCGCCAGCGGGGUUGGCGAGAGGGUCUCGGUCUACGCCCUCAUCGUAGGUGCGGCGGCUUGCCAACUUCUCAUUUGGCUGGUGCCGAACAUCGUCGGCAAUGCGGUUGCCGUGUCACUAGUUGGACUUCUACUUGGGCUGGUCUACCCAUGUGCAACCAUCAUUUUCAACAGACUUCUCCAUCGCAAUAUUCAGAUGAGCAGUCUCAGCUUUAUCGCGAGCAUGGACAGCAGUAGAGGAGCGGCUGGUCCUGUUCACAAACACUGCAAGAGAGGGCAACUGCCGGUUUCGGUUGCUCGUGCUGAGCUUCUAGGAAACGUCCGCAGCUUGACGACACAUGUCAAGCGAGACUUGGGUUUUCAGGGCAAGAUCGGCGACCAUGUUCUGCUUACCUACGGCGAUACCAUGUACAGCGAUGCCAACUACACAGACAGCUGGCGGGGUAUGACUAGUGACUCCAUGGCCUACGCCACGCGCAAUCCUCUGGAAGUUCUUGACGUUGGUCUAAAUAACGAAGGAUUUCCUGCCCAGUUCUGCCCGAUUGAGAAGAAAUAUAGGGAAAAUGCGGCAGAAUGUGCUAUGGGCAUUACCAAUGUGGUAGAGACCAGUCCGGGGCAAGGAAUACUCUAUUUCUUGAAGAAUCAUCGUCCAGGCGGUGAGAACCACCUUGUAGGUGCUGGGGUAGCAACCGUCACCAUGUCUGAUGACUAUCCCGCCAUUCCUCAGGUGACGCGACUUUCCGAAUAUUGGUGGGAUGGUGAGACGGAGCCCUGGUAUGGAGAUGUCGGAGCAAUCCGGUCUGGCGACCAUAUUUAUGCAUAUGGGCAUGCCAAAUCAACACCAUACGUGUAUGUCACUCGGGUCCUGUGGCAGAAUGCAACCAAUCUUUCUUGCUACGAGUAUUGGAAUGGCAAGACGUGGCAGAGCGAUCGGUUGUACAAUGUCGGUGAAAACGAAGGGGUGUUCUGGCAGGUCAACCAAGGCCAGGUCAUCUGGUCCAACUAUUAUGGCUGCUUCAUGUUUGUAUAUUCAGACAACUGGAUGAACAACAAGGUAUUAGCCCAAGUGGCCUACACUCCGACUGGCCCAUGGUCAGACCCUGUCCUGCUCUAUCAGGCAACGCCGAUUACCAAUGGCAGCUCUAUCUAUGCCGCUGUGCCUCACCCGUACUACGACGAGAGUGGGAAGAAUCUCGUGGUCACGUUUACCAACCACCCCAACCUCAUACAGGCUGUGAAUUUAACAUUCACUUAA